CCGAGCCUGCCGGUAUCACUCGUCAGUAGCGCGUCAGUCUCGUACCAACAGUCCACAGUCCCCAUAUCCUCUCCCAUACACACGAUGCAGCGUGGAUUGGUUGCCCUCGGUGCCCUGGCAGUAGUACUGGCACUCGGUGGCGUCAUCUGCACCCCGCUAGCCGAUACCGGUCCGGCUUCGGAGGCUCUUCUCGUGGGAUCACUCGAGUUCGGUCCGAGCGCCGCCGAUGGAACGCUGCGGUCGAGCAAUCAAGCAGCAGGUCAAGUACUGGAGAGCACCCAGCUCGAUCGGAGCGAUGCGGUGGCGAACCGGCAUCAGAUCGUGUACACGCUCGGGGGACGCCGACCCGGCGACCGGCUCGUUGGGCUCUCGUCGGACAGCAAAUUUUGGUCCACCGCUCAGGAUGUGAAGCUGGACCUGCAGUACCCGCAGGCCGGCGUCGGAGCCGUCGUCACGUACGUGGAGGUCACGGUAGACCAGAGCAGCCAGGCCGGGACCGGGUACGUCGUGGCGGGCGGUAUCGGGCAGCGCUUCGUACGGCUCGUGAUCGAGGCGUACGGUACGCAGCACUUCACCUAUACCGCCGCCAUCUACGGUGUUUGAACUGUCAGCAGCCCCAUGACACCGAUUCGAGCUGGCAGCCCAGCAAUAAGCAAUAAUAAAUAGACCACCGGGGCGCGGGAAGACUGCUGACUACGCAGCCCGGUCUUGCCUUUGUGGCGUU